AGUUGGAUUUUGAAGGCACCGUAGGGUGACUGAUUGUUUGCUGGCUGUUGCGGUUUCAUCUUGCAGAGCAUACGUUGCCCUGAAGCCACUCGGUCCCGCUACUGAUCGAGAAUGAGUCCUGUCAUUUAAUGGUCAUCUGACGAGACCCUGAAUGCCUCAGUCAGGAAAUGUCGCUGCCUCAGGUGGCUGGAUGUCCCGUGUCUUCAUCCUUGUAAUCUUAUCUAGAUUCAGCCCAACUUCACCAUCAAUGGCACAUUUUCUUGAGCAUGCAGCCUGUUCAGAUUGCUACUUAGCGGCCGAAGCCACAAGCAGUAAACCAAGCUUAGCAGUCGGGAUUGAGAUACAAUGUGGAAAGGCGAUUUUGGAUUAUUAGUUGCUUCGUUAGUGUCAUCUCUAACAGCAUGUGCACAUUGUCCCAGGUCCCUUCUAUCCAACUGUGCCUCUUGACGCACUCCGCACUAGUGUUAUCUGAUUAUCAAUAUAUAUCUCACUAGCAGACUACUGUCGAUCAUUGUCAAAGUACAGACAAUCUUGAGGAUAGUCUCUGUCCUUGACUUGGAAUAUGGCUUCGAAUGACGGAUCGUGAGGUUCUUUAACUACUAGUUAUCUCGCGGGAAAUAAUCACAACACGAGCGCGACUUCUAUAUGGGGGUCGAAUAAUUUAAACCGGUGGUUAACAUAGCCAUAGUUCUCGAGCUGCCGUUGACGAGUAUCGGUGGUGAAUUAGAUCCUCAGAUAAGGGACAGCAAUCCGAGGUUUUGUUUCGCUGUGGUAUUCAUGUCAAGAUUAUCUUAGCUUCAUCUCGAUAGAUGAGGGGGAAUUUACUAUCUCUGAGAAAAAUACCAAUGCUUGUUCGGAAGGGACUACGGUCGAUACAAAAGAUGUCUUGGGAGGGGAUAGAUUAUUUGACAGGCACUGCCAAGGCAUGUUCAUGCAGAAGAGCUUUUACUUUCGUCAUAUCACUCAAGAUAGCUAAAGCACGUUCAGAAACCUUUCAGCGAAGAAAAAUAGAUACGAUUUCGCUAUAUGGCGCUAUAUUAUAUGAAUACAACUCAAAACAAACAACAGAACUCAAGAU